UCAAGAACAGCCGGCAUCCCACGGAAGAGCGCAGCGACACUGAGGCUGCCUGCAGUGUCUCUGCAGGAGUUGCCGUUCUGCUUUAAUUCGCACGAGGCUUGGUGCUGCGGGUCUUGAUUGAAAGUCUGGUUUUUUUUUAGUCAUUUGGCUUUGUGAGACCUUUUGUAAAUUGGAGCCAGGUUGAUUGUGGAGAUGAGUUCUACUACUUCCAGUGAUGAUGAAGAAAAAGACACAUUUAAAAUCUUAGUUGCUACAGACAUUCACCUCGGAUAUUUGGAAAAGGAUGCUUGUCGUGGAAAUGACACUUUUGUAACCUUUGAUGAAAUAUUGAAACUUGGUCAAGAUAACGAGGUGGACUUCAUUUUAUUAGGUGGAGAUCUCUUUCAUGAAAACAAGCCUUCCCGGAAAACAAUAUAUACAUGUUUAGAAUUAUUAAGAAAAUAUUGCAUGGGUGACCGUCCGGUACAGUUUGAAAUUCUGAGUGACCAGUCAGUUAAUUUUGGCUUUAGCAAGUUUCCAUGGGUGAACUACCAAGAUGAAAAUCUCAACAUUUCUAUUCCAGUUUUUAGUAUUCAUGGCAACCAUGAUGAUCCCACAGGGGCAGAUGGUCUUUGUGCUUUGGAUAUUUUAACUUGUGCAGGACUUAUUAAUCAUUUCGGACGUUCACAAUCUGUAGAGAAAAUAGAAAUUACUCCCAUUUUGCUUCAGAAAGGAAAUUCAAAGAUUGCUCUUUAUGGAUUAGGAUCUAUUCCCGAUGAAAGACUAUAUCGCAUGUUUCUGAAUAAACAAGUAACCAUGUUGAGGCCAAAAGAAGAUGAAGAUACAUGGUUUAAUCUGUUCGUAAUUCAUCAGAACAGGAGUAAACACGGCGCCACAAACUAUAUUCCAGAACAGUUUCUAGAUGACUUCAUUGACCUUGUAAUUUGGGGUCAUGAGCAUGAAUGUAAAAUAUCUCCAACCAGAAACGAGCAACAACUUUUCUAUAUUUCUCAGCCAGGAAGUUCGGUGGUUACGUCUUUGUCACCAGGGGAAACUGCCAGAAAACAUGUUGGCUUGUUGCACAUCAAAGACAAAAAAAUGAAGAUGCAGAAGAUUCCUCUUCAGACCGUACGGCCUUUCUACCUCGAAGACCUUGUUCUAGCUGACUACCCGAACUUUUUUCUCCCAGACAACCUAAAAGUCACACAAGUAAUACAAGAUUUCUGCAUGGAGAAGGUUGAAUUGUUGCUGGAAAACGCAGAAAGAGAACGUCUCGGAAAUCCCAAGCAACCAGAGAAGCCUCUAAUAAGAUUACGAGUAGAUUACAGCGGAGGCUUCGAACCAUUCAGUAUGGUCCGUUUCAGCCAGAAAUACAUGGAUAGAGUGGCUAAUCCAAAAGACAUCAUACAUUUUUUCAGGCAUCGGGAACAAAAAGAGAAAAAUGAAGACGAAGUUAACUUCAGAAAACUGGUCCGUAGGCCGGGAGCUGAGGGAACAACACUGCGGGUAGAGGAUUUAGUAAAGCAAUAUUUCCAAACAGCAGAGAAGAAAGUGCAGCUUUCUCUUCUGACCGAGAGGGGCAUGGGGGAAGCCGUGCAAGAAUUUGUGGACAAGGAAGAGAAGGACGCUAUUGAAGAACUGGUGAAGUUCCAGUUAGAAAAGACCCAGCGAUUUCUGAAGGAGCGGCAUACAGAUGCAGAAGAAACAAAAAUCGAUGAGGAGGUGCAGCGCUUCAGAGAAUCAAAAAAAAAGAACACAGUGGAAGAGGACGAGGAAGUUCGUGAGGCUAUCAACAGGGCCAAGGCCAGGUCUCAGGAGACAGGUUAUGCUUCAGCGAUGAGUGAUGAGGACCUGAUGGAUGUGGCCACCUUUGACCAAAGAGUCAAUGAUGAGUCAGACGACUCUUUAACUCCCAGCUGGGGUAGACAGAGAGGUCGGGCGAGAGGCAGAGGACAGAAGGUCUCAACCAGGGGAGCAUCUCGGCGAGGAAGAGGAGGAAGUGCUGGCCGUGAUCAAACUGGAAACAGUAAAACGUAUAAGCCUGCAACUACUCCUUUAAAAAAUAUGUCGAUUUUGGAUGCUUUUAAGUCAUCCAGACAGCAGCCCUCCCGAAACGCGUCUGCCAAGAAUUAUUCAGAGGUUAUUGAAGAUGAUGAUUCUGAUAUGGAAGUGUCCUUCACCUCUUCCUCUACAAAUCGAAGAUUAUCAACCACAUCAACGCAAAGCCAAAGGAGCUCUCAGAGCCAAGCCUCAAAAGGUGUUUCCUUUGAAUCGGAUGAGGAUGAAUUAUUUCUUUCCACUUCGAGAAGAAAACGAUGAUAACCUCCGAAUCCAAAGCAUGGAAGGGAAGUGCAAAAAUUACUUCUCCAAAUUCUGCAAAGGAGCCCUGGGAUGUUUGCACCUGGUUCUCCAUAAUUUUACUGUAUUGUCUAGAAAGUGGUGGCUUCCUUGAAGAAGACCGCUUCCUUACUCUGUAUCUGCAACACCACCAGGCGUGCGCGAAUGUCCUGCUAAAUGGUACGAUCCAGAGUUCACUUGAGUGGAAAUAUAUAAAAAGGAAUAUUCCCUCUUAGGGAUGCCAGUUUUCACU